AUGGGUUUCAAAACUCUCUGUUUGGGGGCGCUGUGUGUAUUCUUUUUAUCUCGCAUUUAUACCCCCAUACCUGACAGCAUUGAAGAAAGCUGGAAAGUAAUGGCAUUGGAUGUAAUCGCAAAAGCCUGCACACUUAUGGGGAUUUGUUUAGAAAAUACAGGCAUUAUGAGAUAUGAAGAAUUUAUUUCCAUGAUAUUCAGGAUGGAUUAUACGCAGCCUCUUUCAGACGAACACAUCACCGUGAUCGAUACGGACUUUGUUGACAUCCCAGUCCGCUUGUAUUUGCCAAGAAGAAAGUCAGAGGCCCUGAGACGAGCUGUAAUCUACAUGCAUGGUGGCGCUUUUUGCUUUGGAAGUUGCAAGCAGACGGCGUUUGACUUCCUGAACCGAUGGACUGCAAACAAACUUGAUGCUGUCGUUGUAGGAGUAGAUUAUAGGUUGGCUCCUCAGCAUCACUUUCCGGCCCAAUUUGAAGACGGCAUCACUGCAGUCAAGUUUUUUCUUCAAGAUAAAAUUCUUUCAAAAUAUGGAGUAGAUCCCAGUCGAGUCUGCAUCUCAGGAGACAGUUCUGGGGGUGCGCUAGCAGCAGCUGUCACUCAACAGAUGCAGAAUGAUCCCAAAAUAAAAAAUAAAAUCAAACUACAAGCUUUACUAUACCCUGGUUUACAGAUGAUCGAUACUUACUUACCAUCUCAUCGAGAAAACGAGCACGGUAUCGUUCUGACAAGGGACGUAACCAUAAAACUUGUGAGUCUGUAUUUCACCAAGGAUGAAGCGCUUCCCCAGGCAAUGAGAAAAAACCAACACAUGCCUCUGGAAUCCAGACCUCUGUUCAAAUUUGUUAACUGGAGCACCCUUCUUCCUGAAAAGUUUAGAAAGGACCAUGUUUACACUGAACCGGUUCUUGGCAGGUCUGCUUAUUCAUUGCCAGCGCUCAUGGACAACAGAGCAUCGCCCCUGUUGGCGAACGACUCCCAGCUGCAGAAUCUGCCGCCGACCUAUGUCCUUACCUGCCAGCACGACAUCCUUAGAGAUGAUGGACUGAUGUAUGUUUCAAGACUUCGAAAGGUUGGAGUUCCGGUGGCUCAUGAGCAUAUUGAGAAUGGAAUCCAUGGAGCUUUGUCCUACAUGACAGCACCAUUUUAUUUACGUGUAGGUCUUAGGAUAAAAGAUAUGUAUACUAAUUGGCUGGAUGAGAAUUUGUAAGUAUCUAAUGUACAUACCAGGAAGUUUUAGCUUGUGACGCUUUGUAAUUGUUGAGAAGAGAGCAAAGUGAUCUGU